CCAAAUCUUAUGUUAUUAAAGCUUUGCUAUUGAAUUUCCGAACCACAGUCACUGUUUGAACUUUGUCGAGUAGAGAUAGUUUUUUACGCUUUCGAGAACACCGUAAACGCGUGCUAUGAAGUGUGUUGGAGUCUUUGGAUCGCUGUUGUUGGUGGUGUUUGUGGCAUCACUGGGGAGCGCAAAGGCCGAUUGCGAAUAUGGUGGCCAGCUGGCGAAGAGCGGCGCGGAGUUUCAAAUAAAAGGCGAAUGCAAUUUGUACAAAUGCCACGAAGAUGGCAGCAUUACUGCCAAGACCUGUCCCUAUGUAGUUGCUCCUAAUUAUUGCAAAAAGAUUCCACAAGACGACUCGAAGCCCUACCCCGCCUGUUGUGAAACAUUCGAUUGCUGAGCUUGUUCAAUGAGGAUAUUUUACUUUUUAUUUAAAUAUUAUAAGUAAAUUUUCGCGUAUGAAAAAAAUAUAUCGAAUUUGUUAAUUAAA